AUGGGGGCCAGUGACUCCAAGAUUGUCUUCAAGCGGGGGAUCUUUCGGCUUUCCGAGGAGCGAAAUAUUCCAGCCGACGACGAAUACUGGACUUCGUUUUGGGAGCUUCCCGAGUCUUCAGAGGAUGUAUUCAGCCUUUUCUCCCCCGCCGAUAUUCGAAGAAGUCGCGACCAAGCCCUUGAGAAUAUCGAAACUCUUAUACUCGCCUUGACGUCUCGUCUCUUCGUUCUCCGCCAUCACCCGUCCUUUCCAGACAAUGAUCUGGCACCCGAGAGAGAAGCGCUCAACUGCGUCCGGGUCUUGACCCGUGUACUACCCUAUCUCUAUGAAAAAGAAUCCCUUCACCCCUGGGAGGAGCAGUUUUUCUGGGGAAGCCGCAAGAGGAGAACCCGCCAGGGUGCCAUCGCAAACGAAGUGCUGUUUGACGAAUCGAGAGACGACAAGGAAGAGACGGAAGGCGACAAAACGCAUUUCGAAGACGCAAAGCCACUCGCUGAGGAGCUCCUUGAUACCUUGGUUGACAUGCUUUUCUUUUCCGAAUUCACUAUACCCAAACAGCAACCCGGUCGGCCAAAGGUGACGUAUGCGAUAUGGCAGAGUGGCGUGGGCUGCAACACUGCAGUACCAACGACAAAAGAGUUUGAGAGCAAUAGAUGCGAGCUAUUGAGGUUGAUCUUGGCUCUUGCAGGUCGCGGUCUAUAUAUGAGCAGCCCAACAUUGACGCAAAGUGGAGUGCGAACUCUGACACACCUAUGCACGAACCCAGAUAAGCAGGUUGUGCUCUCGGUGCUCUGCUCUUUAUUGAACACGACUCUCAAAUAUCACCCUGCAAGUUGGCGGGUGCCCUACAACUCGCUUAUAAUUCGCGACACCAAGCAGUUGCUCGUGACUCAGUCACUGCACUUGCUGCUGGCGACGCUCGUCUAUACUGUACCUGAACACGUUGAUGCGUCUUCGAGAAAGAAUCAUUAUCGCCAUUUCCUGGGACGCCUGCAUCGCCCCCAAGAUUUUCAGUUUAUAGUGGAUGGCGUUUCGCGGAUCCUGACGCAGCCCCUCCAAGACAAAACAUCAUAUCUUCCCGGAACUCACGCGUCAAUAAAUUUGUCAGCAGAGAUGCUGAUGUUGUUCUGGGAAAUGAUACAAUGCAACAAAAGAUUCCGCGCCUUUGUCAUUGACACGGACAGAGCGCACGACUUUAUCGUCUUGACGCUUUUUUAUGCCAUCGAGUACAAAAACGAUCCGGCCAAGCAAGGCAUUGUCCGUAUGUGCGCAUUUUUGCUACAGACAAUGAGCGUGGAAAAGAACUUUGGCCUUCAUUUGAAUAAAAAGUUUGUCGGUCAGGAAAGUCUCCCGCCCGGUAUCAGAAUCAAUUCAUUUGACGGCUCCUAUGCCGACUUUCUCAUACACUCUAUAUACACUCUCAUCACUACAAGUCAAGGCGGACUGACUGCGAUCUAUCCGGCGCUUCUCGCAAUCAUCAACAACAUUGCCCCAUAUGUCGAGAAUCUGAGCGCAUCAGGUAGCUCCCAACUCAUGCACCUCUUUGUUCUCAUGUCUUCGCCAUCAUUCCUUCUAGCCAAUGAAACCAACCAUCCUCUUCUGCGAUCUCUACUAGAGUCCAUCAGCACAAUCAUCGAACACAAGUAUAAGGAAAAUCCUCAACUUGUGGCGGCCAUUCUCAAAAACAAGAAGCCAAUAGAGAGUCUGAGAACAUUUACGCUCGAGAGCGGCCUGCAAGAAAUUGAGCGAAGGAAUCGACGACGCAAAGACACAAGCGGAGACGGAGAUACCACUGGCUUUGCAUCUCGACGAACAUCGGUCGAUAGCUUGGAGCCUACAAGAAGCCCGGUUGUAGGCCAAGCACACAACCUGGGGGAAGUUGUCGAGGAUAAUGCAUUCGCCGUUGGCGAUGACGAUGAUAGCGAUGACGAGCCACAAGCAACUCCUGCUGCGUCCACUACCAGCGAGAAUCAGUCGCAGACAUCCUCGAUACCAAACGCCGACGACUCUGUACCCGUGCAGCUGCGCGGCAUGUCAGAGAAGGCUAGAGGCAAGAUGCCGGCUGGCUCGAGGUCUUUUUCCCGACAAAAUAGCGCGACAAGUCUGGGUGCUUACUCUGCGGCUGGGCAGAGUGCUAGUGGCACCUUUGAACCAUCAGCAUACUGGAUAGAAAGCUGGCUUCCAGAACUGCCUUUGCACACGUUUCUCACUGUUAUCCAGCAAGUAACAAGUCUCCUGCCGCGGAAGGCCGGCCAGGACAUGUUUUCUGCCGAAAAUAUGCAACGUCUACGGGAAAUUGACCUUGUCGGUAUCGAGGCAUCGCCAAUCAAGGUACAGUCCUUUGAAUGGUCACCGCUAUCACUAGGCUGGUACGAGUCGAUGCUCUGGGGCAUCGUCUAUGCAAGUGAGAUGCAGAUUGCCAAGGGAACUUCCGGUAUAUGGACGGGGACAGCUGUCAAGCUGUUCCGCAUUCAAGAAACUGCGCCCACUGGUCCAUCACUAUCCUCGCCUCGAGGUGCGGUUGACGCUGUCGGCAGCAAUAUUGUCUCCCGGAUUGGGCAGAUCAAUCUGCGAGGCGGUGCAAGCGGUGCAAGUGGUGCAGCAGGUAGCAAUGCGCCGCAGUCUGGGAGCAGCUGA